CUCCCGUUCCCGAGCGCAACCCUCCAAAUACUCACGUGAGACCGAGUUGUCCUCGUCAGUACGCGUAUGUUGUACGAUUGUUCGAUAUUUCUAUCGAAAUAUACAGAGUCGGGCCCGCUGCGUCCCGUCAUCUUCAUUCCACCUUCUCUCCUCGCAGUAUCGUGCCAUCAAACAACAUCGCACGGGAGCGACAGACACCCAAAAUCAAAAUGACAAAUUCCGAUGUAAUUGUUGCACAACUGCAAGCGACAGCACGAACAGAUCAAUGCCGUAACGUCUUUUUUAAACAGUCCGAGCUGAAAGCUCUACAUGAUGCGCUUAGAAGCAAUGCUUCGCAAAUCAAAGAGGCUAUCCAGAAAGAUACAUCUGUAUCUAGUUCCGAGGCAAGAACUGAAGUCGCAGUUGCUUUGUCGAUAGUGAAAGACCAUUACCAAUCACUGGACCCGAAGAAAGAAUUGGAAUACGAGUAUCGAACUUCGAAGGGCAUCGAUACAUUGGAUCGUCGGGAACCGUGGGGACUGGUUUACAUCGAGCCUGACUUGAGACACACGCCAUUUUUAUCCGUCAUCGCUCCAUUGAGUGCGGCGAUAGCGGCCGGAAAUUGUGUACUCUUGAAACUCGAAAGCAGUUUGCGACAAAUACCCGCGCUUUUACGAACUAUUCUUCCUCCGGCACUAAGUCAGAACUCAUUCGCUGCCAUAACAUCUACACCAAACCAGAAUGUUUUACAAGAGUGCCUUGAAGUCGUCCAAACACCGAGCAAUGACAUUCAACCUCAAAAUACUCAUCUUGUUUCGGCGAACGCCAGUGUAGUUGCGGUUGUCGAUAGGAGUGCAGACCUAAUUGCAGCAGCCGAACACUUAGCCGCUGCAAGAUUUGCUCUUCGAGGAACCUCCCGUUACGCACCCGACAUUGUCCUCGUUAAUGAAUUCGUGAAGAAAGAAUUCUUGGAGGCCUUGAUUCGCAGUGCCAUCCCCUAUAUCACAACGCAGUCCAAUCAAGCAAAUGGUUCUGCUUCAAAGCCGAAAGACCACGUCGCUGCGCAGCUAGAGUCCCUCAAGAGCAAUGCAAACUGGCACUCUAAUGUCAUAACCAGCGGCCAACUCGGUGCGAUCGUCGACUUGACCAGCAAAACCAACAAAAUCGUCUCCAUACCAGACAAGAUCUCCGCACCGGUUCUCGCCGUAUCGACGUUCACGUCGCUAGAACACGCUAUAGACCUAGCCACAGCAUCUGGCCGCCUGAGCGCGGCGUACUUCUUCGCUGAAGCUGCGCAUGCGAAAUACUUAGAUCAAUAUGUGGCGUCUGAAGUCUCGUUCGUCAACCACGUACCCGCGCAAUUGCUCCUCGGUCCAAUAGCGCCGCUCUUCCAUCCAUUCGAUCUGGAGAAGAGAUACACAGUCGAGCAUUUCACGCGAGCAGCUCCGGCCUUUGCUUCGCAAUCCACCAAUAAAGCCUCCGAACAGGUCAGAAGGGCACUGAAUGGAGAUGUCAAGUCUGGGCAGGCUCUACUGGAUGCUGCGACGCAACCUAUCCAAGAAGCUAAAAGGGCAGAAUGGAUUGCGUUGGGGUUCUUCGAACAGGGUAUCUUCAUUGGUUUGGGGGUUUAUGGACUACCACUCCUGGGAUGUAUUGGUGCUUCGUUGUUCUAUGGUGUUAGAUUUGGUUUGAGGAAGUUCGCUAUUUUGUAGUUCGUAUGAAUGGAUUUGAUGCAAUUCGUGACAUUGCUUGUGCUGUGUAUCUUUUGGUCUGCGUGGUCUGCGUGUGUAAAUAUCCUUUAACCCAGCCUUCUAACUCCCACGGGUAUCGUAUACUACUCCUUCCUCAUCCCGUGCAACCGCUAAAUCAAUCAUCGAUCAUCAUCUCCGAA